AACAACAACAACAUCUUCAACGGUUCAGAUUCAUUUUUGUCGCAUUGAACCAUUCUCCACCGUCGGAUCAUCCUCAUCGCACACCAAAAAUCUCAAACUUAACCAUGGUUUAGCUUCUCUUUUGGUCAGCUAGGUUUAGCUUCUCCUCUGCUUUAUUAUGUUUUGUUUUUUUUUUUAUUACCAUAAGAGUUUUGUACUGUUUUUUUUGCUUGCUCUCUCUCUCUUACUCUCUCUCAUCCAAAUCUUUGAUCAUCUCAUCAUCAUUGGACUUGAAGCCUAACUCCACACACACAGUUUUAUCCAGAUUCAUUAUUUUUUCAACGUUUUCCUCGUUUUCAGUUUCUUUUUCCUUCUUCUUCUUCUUGUUCCAUCGAAUCAUCAUCAUCGGCGAGUUUAGUCACGACGACGAUCUUAGUAGUUCUUGAUACCAAAGAAGAAGCUUCACUGAGCUGAUCUUGAAGUUUAAUUAGAGAGGAAAAGAAUGAAUUAUUUCCCGGAAGAGGUCAUAGAGCAUGUUUUUAACUUCAUAGCUUCUCACAGAGACAGGAACUCGAUAUCUCUUGUAUGCAAAUCGUGGCACAAGAUCGAGAGGUUCUGUAGGAAGAAAGUGUUCAUCGGGAACUGCUACGCCAUCAACCCGGAGAGAUUAAUCGGGAGGUUCCCGUGUCUCAAGUCUUUGACUCUCAAAGGGAAGCCUCAUUUCGCUGACUUCAACUUGGUUCCUUAUGAAUGGGGAGGUUUCGUGCAUCCUUGGAUUGAAGCUUUGUCUAGUAGCCGUGUUGGACUUGAGGAGCUUAGGUUGAAGCGGAUGGUUGUGACUGAUGAAAGCUUAGAGCUUCUUUCACGUUCUUUUCCAAAUUUCAAGUCUUUGGUUCUUGUCAGCUGUGAAGGUUUUACUACUGACGGCUUAGCUUCCAUUGCCUCUAAUUGCAGGCAUCUUCGUGAGCUGGACUUGCAAGAGAAUGAAAUCGAUGAUCAUAGAGGUCAAUGGCUGAACUGUUUUCCAGACAGCUGCACUACUCUUACCUCUUUGAAUUUCGCCUGUCUUAAAGGAGAAACCAAUGUGGCUGCUCUUGAGAGGCUUGUCGCGAGGUCACCAAACCUCAAGACCUUGAAGCUAAACCGUGCUGUACCGCUUGACGCACUCGCAAGGUUAAUGAGCUGUGCGCCGCAGCUUGUGGAUUUAGGAGUAGGGUCUUAUGAGAAUGAGCCUGAUCCAGAAUCUUUUAGGAAACUCAUGGCUGCUAUUCAGAAGUGCUCCUCGUUAAGGAGCUUGUCGGGCUUUUUAGAGGCUGCUCCACUCUGUCUCCCAGCGUUCUACCCGAUUUGUCAGAACCUUAUCUCCUUGAACCUCAGCUAUGCAGCUGAGAUUCGAGGCAACCACCUCAUCAAGCUUAUUCAGCUUUGCAAAAGACUUCAACGGUUAUGGAUAUUGGAUAGUAUUGGCGACAAAGGACUUGUGGUUGUGGCUGCCACAUGUAAAGAGUUGCAAGAGCUGAGAGUUUUUCCCUCCGAUUUACAUGGUGAAGAAGAUAACAACAACGCAGCUGUGACUGAAGUCGGACUAGUCGCCAUCUCCGCAGGUUGUCCCCAACUUCAUUCGAUUCUAUACUUCUGCAAACAAAUGACAAACGCAGCGCUCAUUACCGUGGCCAAGAACUGCCCAAACUUCAUCCGGUUCAGGCUAUGCAUUCUCGAGCCACACAAACCUGACCACAUCACAUCUCAGUCACUAGACGAAGGCUUUGGUGCGAUCGUACAAGCUUGCAAGGGUCUAAGACGGCUCUCUGUCUCCGGUCUUUUAAACGACCAAGUCUUCCUCUACAUCGGUAUGUAUGCAGAAGAGCUCGAGAUGCUUUCGAUAGCUUUUGCAGGGGAGACUGACAAAGGAAUGCUUUAUGUGUUGAACGGAUGCAAAAAGCUGAGGAAGCUGGAGAUAAGAGACAGUCCAUUUGGGAACGCGGCUCUUCUUGGUGACGUGCAUAAAUACGAAACAAUGCGAUCCCUUUGGAUGUCGUCUUGUGAAGUAACACUCGGUGGCUGCAAGAGGGUGGCUAAGAAUUCGCCACGGCUCAAUGUAGAGAUCAUCAAUGAGAAUGAGAGUAAUCGGAUGGAGGGGAAUGAAGAAGACGAAAGAGACAAGGUUGAUAAACUUUACCUCUACCGAACAGUGGUUGGGACGAGAAAAGAUGCACCGCCAUAUGUUAGGAUUCUUUAGUCCGACUCCAUCCUACCCCGGACAUGGUUUUUUGGUUUAGGCUUUUGAUGUUUGGUUAGUUAGCAUAUUCUCCAAUUUUAGGUGUACUUUGCUUCAGACAAUAACUGUUUUCUAUGAACGCUUCAUGGGUUUUUAAAUAAAGUUCAAAUUGUUAUUAGAUCUGACUUUGUUAGCUUUGUAUAAUAUAUUAACCUAUAUAACG